AUCGUUCCUUCCAAUAGGAAACCUGACCAGUCCUAGAGAGUAAUGGUAGUGCGCUGGCGCCCGUGUUUCGAGGAGAUCUGUACUCGUCGUCCUGAAGGAACGAGACAAGAAGAAGCGAGUUCUGUGCCUCGCGUGUGUUCAGUGUCCGAAAAAUGUAACAUGGCGAUGGUCGCGUCAAACAUGAGCGGUCACAUACAAAAACAGCUAACCCGCAGCCUGGAGAGGAUCCUUGAGGAGGCACAUCUAAGCGGCGAGCUCAAGCUGAGCGGUCGUAAACUCAAGGAUUUUCCGCAGGUUGGGAAAACCGGCUCGAAAUACAACCUCCAGGACACGGUGAUAGCUGACCUGUCGAAGAACCGGUUCACGGAAUUGCCCGAGGAGGUCACCGAGUUUCCAUUCCUCGAGAAGCUUCAUCUCUAUCACAAUGCCAUAAGAGUCAUACCGGAAACCGUGGUGAUGCUCCAAUCGCUGAACUACCUCGAUCUCAGCCGAAACCAGUUGACAGCCUUGCCGAGGGAGGUGUGCAGGUUACCACUGCAGACUCUUCUGGUCGCGCACAAUCGUUUGGUGUCCUUACCUGAGGAACUUGGUAGGAUGUCAGCACUUGCUGAAUUGGAUGCUGGCUGUAACGAGAUCUCGACCCUGCCUCCACGAAUAGGUGAUCUGCCAAGGCUUAGGUCCUUGGAUCUUAGAAGCAAUCUUCUGGUGCAGUUGCCAAUAGAAUUGACGUACCUGAGGCUCGUGAAGCUGGACAUAAGUGGAAACAGGAUAUCCGUGCUACCCAAUGAACUCAGGAAGAUGAAGACUCUCGUCGACCUGAGACUCUCGGACAAUCCCCUCACGUCACCGCCUGCCUCGCUGUGCAUUCGCGGGCGAACACACAUCUUCAAGUACUUGGAGAGGCAGGCCGCGAAACAUGAGAGGGCCAGGGGUGGUAGAACAAGAAGAGGUCUUUUGGAUGCCAGAGGUCACGCCACCCUGGACACGAGGUCGCACAGACGUCACAAUGUCGACAGCGGUUACAGCACCAGCGACGGGGUCGACAAACGUUGGUCCCAAGAGAUACACAGCGCGGUGCACGACGGUGACGUUCGAGGCAUAUGGAGACAGGAAAGUUCGCCCUUAUCGAUAACUAUGCCCCACGAGGCUGGAGUUAAUGGCUCCUGCAGUGGAACGUCGACGCCCAGUACAAUAUCACCUGGUGAACACACGUCCCUCGAAGACGAGCUGGGCAAGGCAAUGAUACUGCACGAUCAGCUUGAGAAGAGGAGACUCGAGCGAAGUACUUCAGAAAAUGGGGCUGACACAAGAAGACUGACGACUACGAAUCUUCAUCACACCUCCAUUACACCGCCUGGCCACCUGGAGAGCAGCCCACUAGGUCAAAUUGCACAGCCACCCAUCGCGUCGACCCAACCAGUUCAGCCUCUGCAAACCACAACGAGCACCUCCACGAGUCAGAUUAACGGCGACGAGAAGAGGCCGCUGAAUCACAUUCAAACUUACAGGGAAUACAAGGAGGCUCUCAGACAGCAAAGAGUCAACGAGGGUCCCAGCGUCUAUAGACCCAGGGAACAGGUGACGCCACCAGGAAAUGAAACGCACAGUAACGAGACUGAUUCGACUAGCAGCAAGGAUUUGGGCCUUACCGGAAAACAGAUCUUCAACGAAGAGAACGCGACCAAAAGGCCCGUGCAAAAAGUUACGCCGUCGCGUAUCAAUUAUCAGAACAUACCUAUCAUAAAUGGCAGUAACAACGAGUAUAACAGCAAGAAUGGAAAGUUCCUGGAACAGCCGUACAAGAAGCCAAAUUCUCCAAUUAAAACUUCCACUAGUAUUUUAUCGAAUAAUUCGAGUCCCAGUCAUACACCCAGACUGGUGAAAACAGCUGUCGGCUACGUAGAAGGUAACAAGAGUCCAAACAGAAAUGGCAGCAGUCCCAAAUCGACGAGAUCUGUCACCUGGAACAGCAACAUGCCUGAGAAAUACUCCUUCACUAUGAGAAGGGAGUUCGAACGUGCCAAAGAGGAGGCUGAUCUGAUCGAACAACUCAGGAGCCACAUAGAAACCAGGCUUAAGAUGGCACUUCCUGAGGAUUUAGCACCAGCUCUAACCGACGGUGUGGUACUAUGUCAUCUGGCUAAUCACGUAAGGCCCCGUUCGGUCGCGAGUAUUCAUGUUCCUUCGCCAGCAGUUCCUAAGCUUACCAUGGCAAGAUGUCGGCGUAACGUGGACAACUUCCUGGAGGCUUGCAGAAAGAUCGGCGUCGACGAGGAGGUGUUAAUGGACGCGGAUGCAAUCAUGGACGUGGGUUACAUGGACGCGUAUGGGCUGGAGGCUCUGGCGCGUCUUAUUUCCGCUCUUCUUCUUCUUCGCGAAGAAGAGGGCCACGAAGAACCAACCGCAGGUUCACCCCGUACCAUUCAGGAACGCGUCCUCUCCGCGAUGCUUUUUGCCGCAUUCUUAUCCACCCUGGCUCUACUCUAUCUCUUCCCGCUACCAGAUUAAAGCGAUGCCCAUUGACGGGGACUUGAGCGAGAUUAUUCUUGCGAACGGAAGAGGAGAAAAAAGAAUUUGGAUUUGAGAAAAAAAAAAUCAGAACGAAAAUAUACCACGGCUCCAUGGAGCAACGAAUUCUUUUGUUAAUUGUCAAGAAACAUUCUGAAGGCUAUUUUCUCUGGGUUAUCUUAGCUCCUUGCGAUUUUUAUAUUUAUCAGUGUUCUAGUUUUAUGUUAUUUCUGUAAAUACUUUUAUUCGCUCUAUUGCGUAAGGUCUUUUUCGUUUUUCUUUUUUUUUACAUAUACCGUAUUAGUAUUUCCCAGUGAAGGAAAUGGCAGGUCAAUCAAUUGACGUUGCGUUUUGUUUUACUGUGAGUUUGUUAGGGCCUUUGUUUUUCUCCUUCUUUCUUAAUGAGAAAGAGGAUCGUAUACUAGGAUCAGACGGGAGAGGAUCUCUCGAUAUUUUUCUAAUCACAGCGAGAAUUGAUCCUACGAUCUAAUCGUGAGCCUUCUCUAGUAAUUAGAUCUUUAGUUUAGUAUUCGGUGCAAUUAAGAGUCGCGACGUUACCGACAGGUUCGUUUAAGGUGCUUAAAGUAAGUGAAACGCGCGGGAAGGCCAAGACGAUAAAAGUAUUGUCGUAAUUUAGUGAUUCGGCGUAAAAGGACGGCUUUGCGUAAUUUAUAUUAUUAAGAUAACAAGGCAAAAUUCAAGGCUAGCUGUAGACUCUCGCAAUGCUAGAUGAUCGUAGGUUUUCUUUCGAUAUACAUAAAUUUAUCUUUUUCUUUUUCUUCGUCACUAAUUAUUAUACAGCAGUCCACACGCGAUGUUAUUCCUGUCCACAAUUAAUUUAUAUAUUUAAUUUAUCCUUGUCGUUUCAUUCCACGAAUUUUUCCUUACGCUGUCACGUGUGGAACGUCACUAUAAGAAUAGAGCGAAGUACGUCGAUCGCCAAGAAAAAAAUUUAGUUCGAAAAAAAAAAAUGGAAAAAAAUAAGAAAAAGAAGCGCAAUCAAAGCGACAAUUCAUUCAUAUAUCACUUUGUCACUUUUGUGUGAUAUGUACCUUAAAAGAGAUCAAAAUCCUAUCGACUAUCGUAUUCGCAACAAGUAUCAAUUCAUAUUGAAUAUUUCGCGAUAUCGGAAGAUUAUAUUUUGCUAAUUACAAAAAUGGAAUUUUUUUUUAUUUUUCAAUACUGAUAUCGUGUCGUUCGUUAUCAAAAUAUGUAAUUACAUCACAUGGGUACAACAUAAUCAGAACCUCACACAAACAAAUCAUUGUGUCGUAGUUGCUCGUAUCCGGUAUUAAUUGAGGGAAGUAAAGGAAAAAAAAAAAAAAAAAAAAAAAAAAAAAAAAAAAAAAAAAAAAAAAAAAAAAAAAAAAAAAAAAAAAAAAAAAAAAAAAAAACUGAAAACAAAAAUAUAAAUAAUAAGUGAAACCGUAUGCCUUUUUAAUGACGUUAGUAUUUUUUUAGAAUUCGACCAAUAUCAAUGCCUACGGCUCUUUCAGGAUUGGUAGGUCUGUGAUAAGACAUUGCCGAGUGAGAUUACGCGCUAACGUAAUCACGGUGCUAGGAAUCAUUUAAUUCGGGAAUAAUUACUUUAAUGAUAGUAGGGUUAGAUUUUUGAAAAUAUCUUUUUUCUUCCCUGUACCUUUUAAUCGAACCAGGUCAGAAAUUUAAAAAAAGGAAUAGGCUCACUUGUCUCGGCUCAAUUCGAUACACACGAUACCACAUUUAAUCCAUUGAAAAAUUCUAGCGGUCUUUUAAUCAUAAGUGAAUUUUUCAAAAAAAAAAAAAAUUUCACCGACCGCGCUAUCCGGUCACAGCCUAAGAUAUCGAUCGUAGAGUAGAGACACGGUGCCUGCUAUUGCUAAUUUAUUUUCAUAAAAUUACGUAAAGUCUAGGCAUAUUACGGUCUAUAUAUACACGUGUAACUUAUAUAUAUACAUAUGCAUAUAUAGUAUAUGAACAAGGGAUUGAUAAACAUUUUUUUUUCGUGAUUCUGGUACAGAAAGAGGAAAUUAGUCACAAGGAAAAAUUUUUCAAAAAGAUUUUUAAAAAAUUAAUAUUCUCGUACCCCUUAAACGAGCUUACAGGGUGUUCUCGUAAAACUAUCAAACAGUCAAUUGUAAUUGGCUGUUUUCGAAUUUCCUGAAUCACACGAGAACAAAAAAUUGGAUAAACGAACAAAAUUCCUAAAAAAUGAUAUAAAAAGUGGCAAUGAAUUAGCACGCACUUGAAUUAUCUUAAACGUAAUGCUGUCUUCUACGUAUACUAGAUCAUACAUACCUAUAAUGCAAAUUUAAGAUACGCGCAAAAACUAACCUAUACGCUGUAACGUAAUUUAGGAUGACGCUAUGUAUGUAUAUAUAGGUAUUUAUUAUCCGCCGGCCGUCGUGUCCACAUUUUUUCUAUUAUUUUUUAUUUGCUUUACUCUUCAUAAUUUCUCUAGUCUUCACUUACGUACGUUAAUUAUCUUCUAGUCAGAUCGUAUUUUACGUGAUGCGAUUAGCACAUCUUCCACAGUACAGUAUAACGGGUAGGCUCCGUAAUUAUUUUUUAAAAAAUCAGCCGUGCCCCAAUUACCGAUUAUAAUAACUUUUUUAAUUGAAUUCACCCUUAGAUUCAUCCCUUGUGAUUAUUCGUACAAUUAUUUAUAUAAAGUUAAUCGUACCUGUCAUCGACUGAUCAUCCCUGAAUUUUUAUGUACGCUCUUUUUGAAAAUAAGAAAAGCUUUUCCUUAAUACAGGCCAAGUAUAGGUAGGCAUGUCUCUUGACUAAUAGAUUCUACGCGAGUCAGUAUUAUUAUCAAAUUUGUCCAUCGUGGACUCCAACUGUCCGAGUAUUAAAGUUCACUGGAAAAAAUACGAAGACUGGCUUUAUAUUAGCAUAGCGCGUGCGUCUAGUUUUUUACGAAAUCUAAUUGUCCUUAUUGGUUUGUCCUUUUUUUUUUUCAACGCGAACAUGACAAUUUGUCGUAUGGUAUUAUUGCACGUGUACGAGGAUAUUUUGGGCAUAUGAAAAGAGCCGAAAAAAAAACAUUCCGUUGGAUUAGCAUUGUUAGGAGGGUUUUCUUUUUUUUUUUUUUAAUAUUGUCUGUUUUUCAAGAAAAAAUAUUUUUACGUUUUUCUCACGAAACAUAUGUCAAAUGGUAUAUUGUAUAUACGUAUUAGGACUCGUUGAUGCUACUUUCAUCUUUCUCUUUUAUUUUUGAUUCUUACUGUAUAAGGCUACUACGCUAGUAAGUUUAAGUUUUCGGAUAAAUAUCGGUGCUUGGUUCUUUCGUUGGUUAGCUUAAGCGUUUGCUUAUUUUUUAAAAUUAUUAUUGCUAUUAAUUAUUUAUUUAUUGAACAUCACGCUCGUCCGUUAUUAUCAGUCUCAGUCUGUCGAGUCUCGGACGGACGUUGUGAUUUUAUCCAUUUGUUAAGCCACCCUAUAUAUAUAUACUGUCCUAACAGAAUAUAAGGUGUCAAUGCAUUUUUCUUAAUUUUGGUUUUCUUUUUCUCUCACUGCCACGCGUUUCGUCAUUACGAUGAUUUACGUUGCCGAUUUUUUGUUUGUUUUAGAGAAUGAUCGUUUUUUCUUGUUUCUCAUUUUAAAUCUUCUGCAUCGCGAGUCGAAAAAGGACGAAGAACUCCGAAUGAGUCGCUGUGGUAUUUUUGCAUCGUUAAAUUAAAAAAAAACGUAUAUAUAACGCGAACGGUAAAAGAAAGUAUUCUUUAAGAACAAAAAUGAUCUUCAUGACGGGUUCGUCGUCCUGUUUGAUUUGAUAAAAAAAAAAAAAGAAUACCGUCGAACUACGUUCUUUUUAUUUCUGAGACACACUGUAACGUUGAUUGUAUGGGUAAACAAUAAUGAUUGUAAUACUACCGUCAUUUAUAAUAAACUAUUCUUUUCAUAUAA